AUGAAGUGGCUUUUUGCUCUUGUCCCGCUCGUUGCUGCGGCUCCAGCCCUUCCAACGUUUAACGGAGGCGAUGCUCCCGCUCCAGGACAGGUCAAAAUUACCAAAGUUGGUACAGGCGGAACAGGAUGUCCCCAGGGUACCGUCAGCUCUGUCAUCUCAGACGAUCGAAGCACCAUGACCCUGAUCUACGAUGCCUACGUUGCCUCCAUUGGUCCCAACAUCCCGGUCACUGAACAGCGUAAGAACUGUCAGCUCACCGUCGAGCUCGAGUAUCCCGGAGGUUUCCAGUACUCAAUUCUGAGUGCCGACUACCGCGGCUACGCAAACAUCGAGAAGGGCAUCAGUGGCACGCUGAAGUCUACCUAUUACUUUGCGGGCUUGGCUCCUCAGACCAGUACACAGUACGACUUCGUCGGCCCUGUGACAGGCGACUAUGUCAAACACGAUGAAGCCGAUAGCACUUCUACUGUCAUGUCACCGUGCGGCAGCAAGGGUAAUCUGUUGAACAUCAACUCUCAGAUCCGUCUGACGUCUUCAAACUCGAAGGCUACUGGCUUGCUUACCUCCGACUCCACCGACCUCAAGUUCAAGCAGAUCGUCUACGUGCAGUGGAAGAAGUGUGUCCCUGGCAGUGGUUAA